CUUCUUUGGCCGUUUCCAAAAGUCGCCGCGCCCAAACCAUUAGCAGUUACUCCCAGCCUUAUACUCAUGCAUUGCUACAUCUCUCUGCCCUUUACUCUCUCCUCGACGUUCCGGAGAAGUGACAGAGAUGAGCAACACAUCCGACCCUGCCUCUUCACGGCCCAUAUCACUUUCUUCGCUGGGAAGCGGCUCCUCAAUACGACCACCUCCGGCCUAUGCUUAUUCACACCUAGAUCGCUCACCGGCCCGUAAUCCAAUGGCCUUGGAUAACAGACCACGAGUACCACCUCCCAUUAAUUUGCGGAGUGCGAGCCCUCAGCCUAGAAGUUCGACAGGGGAACUAAAAAUUCAUGUGCAUGCAUGGGCUACAUUUCUCGUCCGCCCUCCUCGGCCGCUGGACUUGCUCCCUGUAGAAUCAGGUGGAGCCGAAUGCGAACAUGCAAACGAAGAUACCGUCCUUUCUGGAGCUCUCGAAGUGAUCAUGAAGGAGCGCAAAAAGGUUCAAGCCAUCUCGGUUGGCGUGCAGAGCGUAUGUAGGCUAAAUAUGGGGAAGAAAAGAGGUUGGGAAGAUGACGGUAUUUUUGAAAGAGGUGUAGAAGUACUGGCAGGAAGGGAUGAAGAUGGUAUUUGGCUUGAAAAGGGAAGUCAAUCCUUUCAAUUUUCAAUUCUCCUUCCAGCAACCUUGGCGACAAGUGACUGGCACUCUUUCGGGCGUGUACCCUACAUGAUAACUGCCCGCGUCCAAGGCACUCCAUACACCUCAUUCUCCUCCAUCUUCAAAGCUAUCACACCAGCUUUUGAACAUACCUAUGCGGCCGAUUUUGAACGAGUCAUGGCCCGCUCCGAGAAAACGGCAGCUGAACGAUCUGGGAGAUCUUCAUCGCGCGGCAUUUCCAUACCAAGAAACUCUGGAAGCAAAAGCAGAGACAACAUUGCCGCUAUGGCAAAUGAUUCCUUGGACGAGGAUUACGAUGUUGAUGAUUCCGGGUCUCCUGGGCAAGGGUUGUAUACUCGUCGACACUCACAUCUUCCCAUCGACGAGAGUUCGCACGGCAGUCUUAAGUGGGAUAAAACCGGAAGCGAUGGGAGUAAUAAAAUCGAUAAGGCGGAUUGGAUGAAGGGUGAUCUUGUCGCUUCCCCAGAAUUGCUGGUGCAUGCAGUGUCUCCAGUCACUGGAGGUGUGACGUCCUUGGAUUUGCGUAAAGAGGGUUUUGUAGACGGUUUAGGUAGCUGGACGCUCUCUGCCAGUGCGGAUGUGUUCUCUAUUGCAUCCGUCAUCCUUCUCUCAAUUAACAUCCCCGCGCCCUCUGUAUCCACCACAAUCUUCCUCGUUCGCCUCCUGCUCUCUCAAUCAUACACCAUCACCUCCCCACGUACGCCUGACGAGCCGCCGCAUUCACCUGAAGAUCCCAAGCAAUACGUCGCCUACCAAAUCGGGUUUGCGCAUCCGAAAGGUGGGAAUCACCCCGGAUCAGAGUAUGAAGCCCUUUGGAGAGGACAUGAAGCUGGUGGGGAAGGUGGGCUUCCGGGUGAGGACCAAGGGUGGAAAGUAAGGGCUGUGGCGAGGAUGCCAAAUCAUGAUAUAAGUUCGGCCGUCGACCCAUAGCGGUACAAUAAGCCCUUUGCGGGUAUCGCACCAAAUGAUCCUCCAGGUCUAUUAUUCGGUGCAUGGGGAGUCUGCAAAAGGGCAAAAGAUUGAUGGCCCAGGUCAACUUCGUAUGAUGAGUGUCACUGUACCUACCCAUCUGCCAAGCUGUCACUGUUUGUCCGAUAAUCUACUUUUACCGACCUACGACCCCUGCGUAUGCCGCGACAACGAAAUCGAUUCCAUCAUCUCCUCGCCUCCCAAUGUAAAAAAUUGGUGCAUGUGUGGCAAAUCUUUUGCAGAGUUGGGUACAGCGGCAAUGAAUAGGAUGGCUGCGGCUGAACAGAGUGAUUUGGAAGAAAGGCAGCGACAAGAAGAAAUGAGUCGGCAGUCGGGGACUGCCAGUCAUAAAGACUUGCAGUCCCAGCGAGAAGCCAUUAAUCAGGACGGGAGCAUCUAAUAUACACAAACUCUCAAUACCAAUCAACUAUAGCAGUAUUCAUCAAGUAAUCUUGUCAUUGUUUUCCGGGAUUUUCGUCGUCAUGUUGUCAUAGUCAUCAAUAUUGGGUCCCAAUUCACAUGCAUAGAUGAUA